UCAAGAUAAUGGCUUAAAAACUUGCAUUGUUGGAAAGCACAUGAUGUCUCAUCACUUCAUGCCUUAAUGGAGACAUAUGCUAUGAAUCGCCAUCAUAUUCUUUCUUCUGUUCACACGCUUUCCGAGUAGAUGAUAAUGUGUAGUCAUUUGAAGCUCCACCUACCAUUUUUAACAAGGAUAAAUAAGCUGAUGAAUUGACUAGCAAAAGAACUAAUUGACAAUCCAUCAAUAAUUAAUGUAACUUAAAGAUGAGGUUGUACCCAUUGAUGGCAUUCAAGCUUAGAAAGAAAGAAUCAAAACGAUUCAAAAUGUUGAAUGAGCCACCGCUGGUUAGAGUGGGUAUGAGUGCUGGUAAUGCACAAAGCACGCACGGGUCACAUUUGUAUGCUACUAGAAAUCACACCAGUUGAAAAUAAAUGUGCAGCUAAAUGAAUUCCCAAAGAGAUGGUAUACGCGCUGUAUGGCAACUUCCUGCGAUGUGAAAUCAUCGUACGCAGGGGUUCACCGUCUCUUGCUCGCAACGGAGGCUCCCCGCUGCGUCUAUUUAAACAGCCCUCCACCUCCGGCCGCCACCAGGAGCAAGCGAGAAAGAAGCUCCACCGGAUCUGCGCCGCCUCCAGGCCAGGCUCCAACACACGACGACCCAGGCCGCCACGAGCAGCAAGCGAGGAAGAAGCUCCCACAUCCAGUUCCGACCAGCGUCGAGAAUUCCAGUAGUACAAGGGAACCACCUAAGCCAGCGCUGUUGUUGUUGCUGCUGCUGCUAGCUAGCUUGGAUUGGAUCCAUUCCAUGGACGCCCCGCAACGGCAAAAAGGGCUGGAUCCAUGGACGGCGCCAAGAUGCGUCUGCUGCCUCUGAGUGUGACCGUGGUCAGCGCUUGGGCUCUCUUCACCACCUCCGUCUUCCUCGUCUGCUCCAUCCUCGCCUACUAUGACGUCCCCUGUGACCUGUGCUUCAAGCCGGCAGACAUUACCGGGAUAGUGGCCACCGCUGCGUCUCACGUCGCCGCGUCGGCGCUGACGCCGCCACGGCGGGGUCCGCCGUGCCCUCGUGUCCGCCGUGCCAUCGCGUACCUCGCGCUCUCGCUCGCCAUCGUCGUCCACUUUAUCCUUAUCUUUGCUACCGACACCGACCACAUCGUCAGGAUCUGCUGGACCAUCUUCUUCUUGGCGGGCGACCUCGUCUGCUUCCUGGCCCUCCUCUUGGGAGGUGACGAUUGAGGACCGAAUAGUUCAGUUCAUGAGGCAACCAUGAGCCAUGACGGACUGAUGAGUAUAUGUCCUACAUAUGGAAUUAUAUUUAUAUAUGCUGUGACGAUUGAUCGAGUGCUGUGUGUGUAAAUACCCCUUACCAUUUCA